GAGGCUAAAUUUCUUUCGCAAAUUUUCGAGGAAAUCAGGAUAAACACUUUCCACUCCAACAAAUUGUUGGUAUAAGUGGUUCCCGCCAGAAGUUCAAAUCGAUACCUUGACAAGCAUUAACAACAAGUUGUUUAUUCAACAAGAUGUCCAUCAACCUAGAAUUAAGUCAAUCCCAAUUGAACGACCCGAAAACAAACGAUAUAAAACUCCACUACAUGCCGGCUUCAAUCCAAGGCGAUGGAGCAGCGAACGUGGAUCUCUUUUUCAAUAACUACACAGCAGAGGAGAAUGGAGUCAUGAGGAACACCUUCCGAGGUCAUUCUCUUGAAGGAUGCAAAUUCACCGUGCCGAAUACCCAUAAAGGACUGAUAUUCCAAGAGACUGACACGCCACUGGACGAGAAUACAAAUCGAGUAUUCAAAUUGGCUGGAUCCUUCGAUAGUUUCAACUAUUGGAACUACGACAAGGCUCCGUCGAAGGCUGAUGCUUUCAGGCAGAUGUGGGAUGUAGUGAGUGUGGCUGAAGCGAUGAGCGCUGAUAUAUCUAUGGACGAUAUUGAGAAAGAAAUGGAAAGGAGGAAGAAGAAAACCGAAGAUUCUAAGGAAAAGUCAGAACCGUGAGCUACUGCAAGUGUCCGCACCUCCUUAAUUUUUUAGUUAACAACUGUUUGGUGUCUUUAAGUGUAUUU